UUCACCACUUGAACUUGGGUCCCACCGCUGUCCCCUGCUCCGAAUCCCUAACGAGCGCGGAGCGAGUGCGGGAGCAGGAUCCUGGGCGCGAGUGAGGACGGCGGUGGGCACGCUGGGCAUGAACCUGGAAGGCGGCGGCCGGGGCGCAGAGUUCGGCAUGAGCGCGGUGAGCUGCGGCAACGGGAAACUCCGCCAGUGGCUGAUCGACCAGAUCGACAGCGGCAAGUACCCGGGGCUGGUGUGGGAGAACGAGGAGAAGAGCAUCUUCCGCAUCCCCUGGAAACACGCGGGCAAGCAGGACUACAACCGCGAGGAGGACGCUGCUCUCUUCAAGGCUUGGGCACUAUUUAAAGGGAAGUUCCGAGAAGGCAUUGAUAAGCCAGACCCUCCGACCUGGAAGACACGGUUACGGUGUGCUUUGAACAAGAGCAAUGACUUUGAGGAGUUGGUGGAGCGGAGCCAGCUGGACAUCUCAGACCCCUACAAAGUCUACAGGAUCGUCCCAGAGGGAGCCAAAAAAGGAGUGAAGCAGCUCACCCUGGAGGACCCACAGAUGACCAUGAGCCACCCUUACACCAUGACGGCUCCUUACCCCACACUGCCAGCCCAGCAGGUUCAUAACUAUAUGAUGCCACCCCAUGACCGGAGCUGGAGGGAUUACGUCCCUGAUCAGCCGCAUCCUGAAAUCCCCUAUCAAUGUCCGGUGACGUUUGGACCCCGUAGCCACCACUGGCAAGGCCCACCUUGUGAAAAUGGUUGCCAGGUGACAGGAACCUUUUAUGCUUGUGCCCCACCUGAGUCCCAGGCUCCCGGAAUCCCCAUAGAGCCAAGCAUAAGGUCUGCCGAAGCCUUGGCUCUCUCAGACUGCCGGCUGCACAUCUGCCUGUACUACCGGGAAAUACUGGUGAAGGAGCUGACCACGUCCAGCCCCGAGGGCUGCCGGAUCUCCCACGGACACUCCUUUGAUGCCAGCAACCUGGACCAGGUCCUGUUCCCCUACCCGGAGGACAAUGGCCAGAGGAAAAACAUUGAGAAGCUGCUGAGCCACCUGGAGAGGGGCGUGGUCCUCUGGAUGGCCCCCGACGGGCUUUACGCCAAAAGACUUUGCCAGAGCAGGAUCUACUGGGAUGGGCCUCUGGCACUAUGCAGUGACAGGCCCAAUAAACUAGAAAGGGACCAGACCUGCAAGCUCUUUGACACGCAGCAGUUCUUGUCAGAGCUGCAGGCAUUUGCUCAUCACGGCCGACCCCUGCCGAGAUUCCAGGUGACUCUGUGUUUUGGGGAGGAGUUUCCAGACCCUCAGAGGCAAAGAAAGCUCAUCACAGCUCACGUGGAACCUCUGCUAGCCAGACAACUGUAUUAUUUUGCCCAGCAAAACAGUGGACAUUUUCUGAGGGGCUACGAUUUACCUGAACACAUCAGCAGUCCAGAAGACUAUCACAGAUCUAUCCGCCACUCCUCCAUUCAAGAAUGAAGAUAGUCAAGACCAGCAAUUUUGUUUCAUUGUAAAUAUUUGACUUUGACAAGGACAACUAAUUGACCGAACUCUUUCUCCUUUGAGGAAGUAAAAAAUGGAGGCUUCCAUUCAGAUGUGGAAGAGAAUCACAACAAGAAUAUGUGCAGAAAAUCAGCUACAUCUCAUUGACAAACCAGCUCAUGCUAAAAGGAAGUCUUCCAGCUUUGACAACUAAGUAGUUUCAGUGUUUCAUAGACUGUCAUCGGGGAAGACAACUGUGAAAAUGGAUAUGUUUACAUUUACUUAAAUACCAUCUUUUAUUUGGUAUAGAUUAGUUCUUUCUUGAAGACUGAAACUACGUGCAUUUCAAUAUUAACCACUGACUAGCAUGGUGAAAACACUUACGUGUUGUACCAUUUCUCAGGGAAGUAAAGUCUAAAUUGGAGACUACUCUGUCCACAAAAGACGUACUUUAAUAUAUGUAGGAGCUAUCGUUCUUAUGAAAAUGCUUGCUAAGUAAAGGAUGCUGAACCUUUGACUAAGGCUGGGCUGUCAUGUCUAUAGGUUUGGGUGUGGCCUGAGAGUCCCUGCCCUCCCUCUUGUUUUUUCUUCAUGGCCUGCUCUAGAGGCCAGUUGAGAGAUUCCAUUGCCAUUUAUUUAUGAGCCAAAAAGCAUUAGGGCUAUUCUUGAACAGGAUAUUUUUGUUUGUCCUAUAAUCUAAUAAUGGCUGGUUAAGAAUUUUUGUUUCUUUGUCAUGUUGUCUCUCAUUCUUUAGAAAUUUGCUAAUACUUUUUUCUUAAAGAGGGAAGACAAAAAGAGACAAAGUCCACCAUCCAAGUACUAGAGAUAUAUUUUUGAAACUAACUCUUUAAUUUGUUUUGUUUGGCUAUCAGUAGUUAUCCAUGGCAACAUAAAGAGGAGGGGCCAGUGACUCUCAGGUUGGUGAAGUCUGUUGAGACGCACAAUGGCAGAAUUUACCCGAUUGCAUAACCAUGGACUCCAUGGCCUGGUUGUGCUUAUUUUGUGUAUUAUAUGCUUCCUCAUGUCAGUAAUAGUUUGACAAAGCCUUAACAUUACUGGGCUUUUUCUAAAUACAUCUUUUUAUAGAAUCUCAGAGAUCUCCACUUUCUUCGUUAAACCUGAUCAUUUACUUUUUGUUGGAAAAGUGUAUCUUGUCAAGUUGCAGCGCCAGACUCCGGUAUUUCCCUGAUACUACAAAAUAAUUAUGAUCACUUCCAGACUCAGCAAAGACUCAAUAGUUUAUUUUUAAAAUUCACUCAUCAAGCACAUGUUAAAUGCCUGCUGUAUCCCUUGCAUCCCAUGGAUUAUAGAUUUUAUCAAGAUUAGUAAGUAAUGAAACAUUGGAAUGUCAUUUCUUUUUUUAUUAUUUUUAAGAGGAGGUUUUAAUACGAAUAUAAUAAUACUAACUACAGAAAAUGUAAACAAUAUACAAGAGCAAAACAUGAAACGCAUCUCUUCUUUCCCCUACCCAAAUCCUUCUCCCUAGAUGUUGCCACAAGAACAGUUGAUUUUCCCAACACUUUUCUAUACGUAUACAGAAACGUUUUAAAAAUCUCAUGAGAUCACCUUGCACACACUUUUCUGCUGUGCUUUUUUACCUAACAGUACAGAUUUACCUCAUUCUUCUUGGAGGCAUUGUAGAAUUCUGUAUCUGACUGCCAUAUUUCCAUAGGAUUUACAAGAGUCCAGUAGCCACUCAACGUGGAUAUGUUUGGGCAGCAGAUUGUGUCACGUGAACUGCAGUAAUUUAUACAUCUUAUAGAUGCAAAAUAUUUUGGGAUAUAUUAUCCUUGGGGUAGAGGGAGACAAAAUUAGGAACUACUAUUUCAAGGGGCCCCCAGUAUACAGAGAAUAAACCCAGCACCAGGCUUCAGAGAAGUUCUCUUUGGGGGGUUGCCUUAGGGGCAAUGUGUCUUAAUUCUCCAAGCCGAUGUUUGAUUUCAAUUGCUGUGUGAAUUCUUUUUUUUUUUUUUUUCUUAAUAUACUAUGCCGCUAAGAACAGUGGAGCUGCAUUUUCUGAAAAAUUCUCAUUAGCUUGGGCUACUACCUCCUUUCUUAUUUUUAUACCCAGGUACAUUGACUUUUUUUAGUUUCAAGAGUUUCAGCGUGUGAGCUGGGGAAUGAACUAGCUAGGACUUUGAAAAAGAAUGACUUCCUCUUCCUUAUCUUGCUGAAGUGGGAUUAGUAACAAACUAGAAUUCCAUUUGUACUCAAUGGAAGUUGAUGUAGAAGAGUUAGGUGCUUGUGAUGUUAAAGAAGUUUGGAAUCGAGG